UUAAAACUGAACUUUGUUGUGGCUAUUUAAUGCGCAUGCUUUAAGCAAAGUUCAUAUUCAAAGUAGAAGAUGGUAGAUGAAAAAUAAUCGUUUGCAGCGAAUUGCUCCUAUAAGCCCAAUUUGGCUUGUAUAUUUGACGAUUUAAUUAAAUAAAGUGAUAGUAAUUCAAUUAAAGUUUUAAUGAUUGUUGAUGUGAAAUUCACGUCUUUACUAUACAUACAGAAUGCGAUUGUAUUUAAAAGUGAACCUUUAAAAACUUAACAAGUUAUUAUACUACCAAUGUGCAUACAGUGUGCGUUAAAAUCACGUGAUUGCAAAUGUAAAGAAAAAAUCAAUUACAAAUCCCAAACCCAUAAUAAAUCGAAAAUAAGACUUUUGAAAAGGUCUUAUAUAGAAAUAAAAUAAAGCCAGAAUAUGAGGUACCCGAUUGCAAGUUUAAUUAGAAUUAAUUUCUCGACCCGUGAAUGUUGACGAUAAACACAUACAUAUGUACAAAAUUCUUAGCACUUAUUACUAAGAAGCCUUAAAAUGCUGAGUCAAUUACGGUUUAAUUGAAUUCGCUUAAUAUUUGAAGUUUCAACUAUUGAUAAGCCAUGCAAUCUGCUGCUGACUGCAAUGGCACUAAAAGUAACAAAAACGGUGCCACGACCACCACAAUCAUGCAAAACGAUAUUACGAGUGCCAGCAGUUGCGACGAACUUUUACCACACGAUGUAACGUCACCCGGGAGUUUCACGCCAACCGUUUUGCUGACCCCAGUAGCGAUGUUGGAGCAAACGAGUGUGUUGCGCCACCGCUUGCAAGUUGGCGUCGGUGUCGGCCAUAGCAUCGGGACCUCGGCAAUGAACUACGGUUGUCCGGCCACUGUAGCAACUACCACACACAGGGUUGAGAGUUUUACUCCACAUCCUAUCGAUAUGGUUGAAUAUCUAGGUAGCAACACAGAGCGUAUGUCUGUGACGCCGUCUCCUUCACCGCAAGUGUCGCCAUCAAAGACAAUAGAGAAAAACUCUGUCGUCAUAUCAGCAAAGUCUAUGUCGAAUACCACGCCGAAUACAGAAUUUAAGUUGGCUUCUGGGCAAUCCAAUAUUUCUAGCUCAAGUUCCAGCAGCAAUUCAAGUUCAAAUUCGACUAUAUCGUCUGUGAUCGCAACACCAAUUAGUAUUAAGCGAGAAAUGGCUCGACGACGAACACUGGUUGUGGAAAGCUGCGUCGAUGGCAUUGAUAUUGACACUGGUGCUACGUUCUCGACAUCAGGAGAUAUAUUAACUUUAAAUGGCAAAGAACGUGUCGAACAGCGAGAUGUACUCCCUUUUAGAGGGCUUCCACUACGCACUGCAAACGAGGAAAAUUUAGGAUUAUAUACACAAACAACACCAUCGACACCGCGGUCGUCACUGUCAUCGCCAUCAUCGCUGUCAUCAUCAACGAACUUGUUAGCAUCUAGUACGAAUUUGGAAAGCACAUCGAUAGUGCAGUCACCGAAAAGUUCAAUAGAGCUUAAGUCGCGCGCAACAACGAAAUCACCCUCAUUCAAUUCUACUAAACAGCUACAGAAAUGGCAGGAUAUGCCAAAAUAUUUGCAGUUCAAUCCCUAUGUGCUGAACGGUUACCGACCGCUGACAACCUUCCGUGGCUGUCUAUGGAGCUUGUUCUGCUGGCAUAAUGAAACUGUUAAUAUACUCACUCAUGCUAUACCGAUUUUCUACAUUUUGGCAAUCGUACCGGGUCUUAUGCCAUGGGAGCAGGAAUACCGCUUUUUAUCAUUUUGCCAUAUUUUUGGUUCGGUAGCACCAUGGUGCGGAAGCUUUAUAUAUCAUCUCUUCAUGAAUAUUGAAAGUGGAGAAAACGUCUACUACACUUUGCUGAAAUUGGAUAUGGUCGGUAUAUGGGUCAGCCAAAGUUUUGGUGCUUUACCACUCGUCACGGCAACCACGUUUUGCUUUAGUCCUUUUUUGAAAUGGUUUAUCAUAUUAUCCUACUGUUUGUUGUCACUUUGGGGUCUUUAUAAAGCUCUAACGGCAAGUUCCCCUUGGCAACGUCGCCUUUGCUUCGCUCUGCCUUUCACUAUGCGUUCAAUAUUGACACUAUUUCGAACUAUGGAUGUAUGGGUUGGGGGAAGCCGGAUAGCACUUUCACACGUUUACCUCCAGUUAGAAGCAGAUGGCGUAUCUAUAUUGGGUGGUGCAAUAGGCGCUUUGCGUAUACCGGAGAAGUGGUUUCCUGGCGUUGUGGAUUUCUAUUUAAAUUCUCAUAAUAUUAUGCAUGUGCUGGUGGUAGUUGCGGUGUACUCUAUGCAUAAAGCAACAAUAAAAGACUUUGAAUGGAUGUCGGCAACGAAUUGCAAUGCUCCUGCAAAUAACACCGCCAUACUAAUGGAUACUUUUACCUCAAAUGUAGAACUAUGACCUCUUAAAUAUCACAUAUUAUACAGUUAUUUGUUUCAAUACAACUAUAAUUAUAAUAAUAUAAAAAGUCUCUGAAUAUGUAAUUCAUGUGUUUACCAAGUUUCCAUCGAUGCAGCAAGUGAUAUUUGUUAAAAAUUAUUCAGUUAUACAGUAUCCGCCAAAACUAAACCCACAAAUCUAUGCUGUGUAAAUAAAGUUAAAGAAAGGUGGAAAAUUAUUAUACUUCCAUAUUUUUUAUGAAUUUCAAUAAGAAUUUAUAGUUGGAGUAAACGUGUAAUAUAAACACUCUUUAUUUUUAAAAAUAUCAUUAUUGUUAGUAGGGUUUCUUAACUCAAAUUUAAUUUCUUUCUAUUUUCUUAGCUACGUUUGAGUGAUCAAAACUAUUUGUGCAGAAUAUCUUCUUUGAUAUAUGGUUAAUUCAUAAGUAAAGAGUUUGCAGUAGUAUUGGGAUUUUUCACUCAUAUAAUAUAUAGUAUUAUAAAUAAUCGAUAUUAAAAUAAACAAGAAAAAACGUUAAUUUCGGUUGCAACAAAGCUAUAAUACCCUUCACAAACACCAAAGAUUCCUUACAAGAACUUGAGUUUAAUAGUUCAGUUUGUAUGACAGCUUUAUGUUAUAAAGCUCCGAUCUGAAUAAUUUCUUCGGCAAGUUUCGGGCUUUAGAUCUGUACCCGGACCCUGUAAGGCUGUUUGCUUAACAAUUUAUUGGCUUACGAGUUGCAAAUUAUUGAAAUUUUUAAAUUUAGGGGAGGUAUUCAUAAAUCUAAAUCAAUUAUGGGAGUGUAUCGAUAGCCCAAAUACCAAAAUUUGUCAACUCAUAAUAUCAAAAUCAUCCGUUUUGUUCUGUUUUUAUGAUUCAAAAAUAAAAAUUUCAAACAUUCCAGCCAAUGAAAAUGGAUUUUUUUUGUGUGAUAACUGAAAUCAUCAAAAUGUAAACAAGAAAUUCAUGAGAAAAGCCAAAAAAGUUUUUUGAAUAUUGUGAAUUAAAAAAUUAUUUCGUAAAAAGAAGUAUGUUUCAAAUUAACAAAACCUUCACACUUAUAUAUAAUUAAAUCAUGAUUACUAAUUCCCAAGUUUGAAUAUUAUUGAAGUUACAUUGAAUAUUUUCAACUAUUACCUCUGUUAAUAAUGUAAUUUUCUUUUAAUGUGUCAUUAUUCAAUGUUCAACUAAUGUAUUUAUGUAAACAAAAAAUGGUUCAACGUUAUAUAAUAUAAACACGUAUAUUAUUUGUCAUAUAAUCUCCAUUUUCUUUCAUACAAAUAUUUGAAUGUAACUUGUAUGUGAAUUAGUGCACUUUUACACAGGGACUCAAAAGAGUCUCAAACCAGUUUAUUGUGGGCGAGGGGACGACGAGGAAAGACGAAGGGACCGUGCCACUCGUGUUCGGGUGGCACGCUUUGUGUUCUUGUUCGUAACAGCUAGCUGCUACCUCUUUCAGCAUACCUUUUCACUUUCAAAUUCUUUGAAUGGUUGCAAGAGCGCUCGGUUUCAAAUGAAUUCGAUCGCAAAUUUGAGUUCUGUUAUCUAUUUUUGUAUGUAAUAUGCAAAUAUGUAUGCAUAGAAUAAUAGAAAUAUUAUGACAAAUUGUAAAUAAGGAGAAAAUUAAGAUAUAGAUUAUGGAGUAAAGAAAUUAUGAGUUUUUAAUACUUAAAGAUUAGGAAAUUCCUAUUACAAAUUUGGCCUUGAAAAUAUUAGUAGCGGAUAUUCAAUACAUUCUUGUGGAUUAGAGAAUUCCCGUCUUUAGUAUUUCUAUGAAACUAUUUAGCGGGUAGGUACUUGUAUUAUGCAUAUUGUUCUACCAUAUUCAUGCAAGCAAAAUGUGUGACCAUCAUCUCAACAUACAAAUUAAAUACGCAGCACGCAGUGUUGCGCAGUCGAACCGCACAAAUAUUUACGAAAAUUUUGUGAAAAGGAAUGCAGAAAAACUAGACUCGAGUUGCUGGACUCUUUUUGACCGUGUGAAUGCACAGAGCGACACCAAAAGAAAAUUUGAAAAAAAUGAGACUCUUUUGAGUCCCUGUCUAAAAGUGCACUCACAGAGCAUGUAAAUUAAAAAUAUACAUAUGACAGACAUGUUAAUCAAUGAAGAAUAUUUUAUCAUCGCUCAUAUAAGAGAGAGACUUUAAUUCACAUAUACUCGUAUACGAUUGUACCUCAAUUAUUAUCUCUAAUAAGAAACAUGUUACUUAUGGAGAACGAAUGACCGCUAAUAAACAAAUGAAAAAGUGAAAUAAUUUCUUACAUCGCAUAAAUACAAAUGAGAAAACAUGCGUUUGUGUUUAUGGAUUUUACGAAAUUCAUUUGAAACUUACUCUACAACUGUGGUAUUACAUUUUAAGUAAAUAACUACCAAAAUUUAUUAUAUAUAUAUAUAUAUAUAUAUAUAUACAUAUAUAUAAUAUUAUUUAAUAUAUAUAUACCAUAUAUGUAUAUAUGUAUAUAUUUAACAAUUUCCAAAGCAGCAAUAAAUAAAAUAUAAAAUAUACAAAACAUACCAUAUAUCGACGAACAUAUGUAAUUGUAGAUGUAGAUAUGUAUGAAAAAAAUAAAAAAUAUUCAGGGUUUGAUUCACCCCACAUAAAAAUAAUUAGUUUUCCUCAGAUAAUUUUAAUUCGGGUUUGUCAGAUCUAUAUUUAUUAUUUACAAAUAAUGUUGAUUAAUUUCUUGGCUGGAAAAGUUCUCCGUCCAGCUCCAUCGUCCAUGUAUGUAUGUAUUUUCUAAUAAUUUGAAACACUAAAUCUUUUGCAUAUUAACUAAAAUUAUAAAAUAAACGUGUUAUGUUGUAACAUGAUUUCAGUAUAAUUUGUGUAUGCAUAUGUAUGUAAGUACAUAUAUACAAUAUGUGCAUUCCGAAUUUAUAAUUUCAUUAUACCAUACAUUAAUGAUGUAGCCUCUCAAAUCCAGGGCCCAGAUUGGUCUCCCGAAUAUUAGUAUUUAAUAUUAAAAUAAAGAGUUACAAAUUAUAUCUACUAAGAUACAUAUGUAUAUGUAAACUUACCUUUAAGUAUUAAAAUGUAAAAAUUAAAGAACUAUAAGAUUUUAAAACAUAAAAUAUGUUAAAAUGCUAGUUUAAAAGUUCUAUGCAAUAAUUAUCUUAACUUAACUGCAUAUUGCAUAAAUCGUAUUUCUCUGUCUAGAAUAUAUUUUGCUCUGUUGCACAUUAUUACUCGAAACGGUAAUUUAGAUAUGCUUUAUAAAAUUGUAUAAGUAUUAUUUAGUAACUUCGGUUACGAAACAGAGAGACACGAUUAAUUUAUUCAUUAACAAUCUAUGCUAUUGUGAUUUAAAGCAAUUCUAAAUAUCUAAUAUUGCUUUAUUAGAGGAUUAAAAAGCUUGCGAUUGUUAGAGCUAUUCGUAUCUAUAAUACGAGUAAUCCAAAGCGAAUGGGUUGACGAAAAUUUGCUAGCCUUUACUUAGCAGAAAUUGUUAACUAUUGUUCAUACCUGUUAAAAUUAUACAAAUGCUAGUAUGUAUUGUCAUAGAAAUUUAAAUGAAUUGGUUGAUUAAAUAAUAAAUAGUUCCAAUUAUGUAUGAUAUAAUGAUAUACUUGUACCAUACAUAAAAUGCUGCAGGUAAA